CGUCGUCGAGCAACGUGACACCAAAUAGGCGGUGCAACGAUUCUCAUGGAAUUACCGUAGUAGUUUGUCCGAUCUGAACUCUGUACAGACUGAAAUGAGUUGUUCAGACAUGAAGGUUAUUACCGUAAUUGGCAGUGGGUUGAUUGGACGCUCCUGGUCCAUGGUGUUCAUCAGCGGAGGCUACAAUGUGAAGAUCUAUGACAACCAACCAGGGCAGGCUGCCAAUGCCAUCAAAGAGAUCAGGAAGCAGCUGGAGGAGUUAGAGGGAGCCAACAUGCUGAGAGGUGAGCUGAUGGCCACACAGCAGCUCGCCCUGCUCAGCAGCUACGAUGACUUGGCUCAGGCACUGGAGGGAGCCUUCUUUGUCCAGGAGUGCGUAUUUGAGCAGCUUGACGUCAAGCAGAGCGUCUUCCAGGAAAUCGAGCGUCUUGUUGGAAAAGACAUCAUCCUGAGCAGCUCCACCUCCUGUCUGGUGCCGAGCAGCGUUUUCUCCAGAGUGCAGAACAAGAGUCGCUGUCUAGUCUCCCAUCCAGUAAACCCACCCUACUAUGUCAAACUGGUGGAGCUGGUACCUCACCCCGAGACAACAGCAAUCGUUAUGGACACCACCCACGCCCUGAUGACCAAGGUCGGCCAGGCCCCCGUUCGUCUGAGGAAAGAGAUUGAUGGCUUUGCCCUCAACAGAGUGCAGGCGGCCAUUAUCGCAGAGUCCUGGAGGCUGGUCCAGGAUGGCAUUAUCUCUGUAAAGGAUAUCGACCUAGUGAUGUCAGAGGGGCUAGGAAUGCGUUAUGCCUUCAUAGGCCCCAUGGAAACAAUUCACCUCAAUGCACCAGAAGGUUUGGAAGAUUAUAUGAAACGUUAUGGAGAGGGCAUAACAAGAGUCCUGAACUCCUUUGGACCAGUGCCAGACUUCUGUGGGUCAGGAUCCAAAAGCAUUGCGAAAGAGAUAUGUGAGCUGAUUCCAAAUGACCGGCAGCAUUUAUCAGCCAGGAUCGAGAGGAGAGACCAGCUCCUGAUGGCUCUGUCCAAGCUGAAGAAGGAUCACUGAGGAAAAACAGGAUCGAAAGCCACAAAAAACUCUGAAUUAGACCUUUAACUCAGUAUCAGUCGAAAUUAUUUUGUAUGAUCAUGGCCUUUGCUUGAGAUUUUUUAUCUCUUAGUUUCAAAAUUGUAAAUCAGCUUAAAAUCUUGAACAAAAACUUUGACAUUAGGUUGAUAAAUUGUCUAAAAGGGUAUAUGUGCUUUCUAAGCAAUACAAAUGAUAGCUUGAUGUGGCUUAAAAUAUGGUAUUUUCUCAACAAGGAGCCAUGUUUCUGUUCUUACAGCGCCUUUUAUGGCUAGUUCAAGGACUGGACAUCCAAGGAAUGGUCUCAAAUUCAAACUUUUUCCUCCAAUUUAACUAAAAAUUAGAUAAAUGUGUUUGUAUCUUUAUUUAGAGGCAGUAUUCUGUGUAGUUACAGCACACUGCGAAAUGAUUCUCUGGGAAUGGUCUACCAAUUCUAAGAAACCCCCAAGCUUGUUAUUACUACAUGAUUAUGUUUGUAUAAUUUUUAUAUUCACAUAAUUAAAUGUUUGAUUUUAAACAUUACAGAAUAUAAAACUUUAAAAUCAUAAAUUAAGAGUUUCUGA